CAACUUUAUACGCCACAUCAAGCAACGCUACUAACCUUCCAUACCAACCAUCUCCUAACCAGUAUAAUCCUAACAGCCGCGGCUAGAACUCUCGCAUUCUUUUAAGCACUGCGGCGGCGCAGCACGCAACAACAUUCGGCGUCGGACGGCCACUAAGCGAAGUUCGCCGUAACCUUCUUAACCUUCUUCACGAGCUUAUCUUGCAGGCCAAGUAAAUUUUUGACUACAAAUAUGGGUUGGGAGAACACGCCCGCUCAGCCUAAGGCUGGUCCUGCUUCAUUUCACGUUAGAGAUACCAACGGCCCCGUUGAAAUGGUAACUGGACCAUCACCCUACUAUUCGACAGAACUACAGGAUCACCCGCGACGGAAUAUGCGUAGUCAACCAGCUUUACCUUGGUGGAAUCCAAGGUCUUGGAGGAAAAGAACUUGGGCCAUUGUUGUGGUAGCUUUUAUUAUCGUUAUCAUCAUCGCCGUAGUCACUCCGGUUGAGGUCGCCAAGGCAAAUCGAUACCCGAAUUAUACCAAACUGAACUACUCCUUGGCAGAUGAAUACUCCGGGACGACAUUCUUUGACAGGUUCAAUUAUUUCACAGGAUACGAUCCGGCACAGGGAUUCGUUCAUUAUGUCCCCGAAGCCCAGGCUAAGCAAUUGAACCUCACUUCUGCUUCUGAGGAUUCAGCCAUCAUAAGAGUUGAUACCAGCGUCGGUCCCCAGUCUACACCUGAUGCAUCAACGGGCCGCUUCUCCGUGCGACUCGAGUCUCAAGCGCAGUAUGAGGACGGCCUUUUUAUUUUCGAUGUAAAGCACACGCCGUUCGGAUGCGGAACCUGGCCCGCCUUGUGGCUCACCGACCCCGUGAACUGGCCGGACCACGGCGAGAUCGACGUGAUGGAGGCUGUUAACAAAGCCACCGAUGGCAAUCAAAUGACGCUGCACACGACAGAUGGUUGCUCGAUGGACGUGAAGCGUAUAAUGAGCGACUCGAGUCUUUCGAAUGAUUGCCACAAUGCCACCGAUAACAACGCCGGCUGCGGAGUUAAAGGCAACGCCGCUACUUACGGCAGCGCGUAUAACGACGGACAGGGCGGUAUCAUCGCGAUGGAGUGGCGUAACGAGGGUAUCCGGGUGUGGCAGUUCGGCAGGAGUAACAUCCCUACCGAUAUCGCCGCCAAGAACCCGGAUCCGAGCAGCUGGGGCUCAGCCUCUGCGGACUUCCCGAACACAAACUGUGACAUCAGCUCGCACUUUAAGAACCAGAGUAUCAUUGCCAACAUCGAUCUCUGCGGACAGUAUGCCGGCGCUGUGUACGCUUCGAGCGGCUGCCCGAGCAACUGCACCGACUAUGUUGCUAACAACCCCGAAGCCUUCACCGAUGCAUUUUGGGAAUUCGGCAAAUUCGAGGUUUACAAGGCUGCUUAGUCGAAAGUUCACACGAUUUAAUGGAUAGUACC